CAUGAGCAGAUUAGCUCUCUGAGGGCGGAAGUGAGGAGCGGCUGCGCAAAGGUGGGGGGCGCUGCGCUUGCUGUGGGGUGGGCGAGCUGCAGAAAUGACGGCCUCCAGGAGUCCCGUGGUUCCUGUGGCAGUGUUGCUGCUGUUGGCUUGCGGGGCUCCCUGGACCCACGGGCGGCGGAGCGACGUGCGCAUCAUCACAGACGAGAACUGGAAAGAGUUGCUGGAAGGAGAGUGGAUGAUAGAAUUUUAUGCUCCAUGGUGUCCUGCUUGUCAGAAUCUUCAACCAGAAUGGGAAAGUUUUGCUGAAUGGGGAGAAGAUCUUGAGGUUAAUGUUGCAAAAGUAGAUGUCACAGAGCAGCCAGGACUGAGUGGACGAUUUAUUAUAACUGCUCUUCCUACUAUUUAUCAUUGUAAAGAUGGUGAAUUCAGGCGCUAUCAGGGCCCAAGGACUAAGAAGGACUUCAUAAACUUUGUAAGUGAGAAAGAGUGGAAGAGUAUUGAACCUGUUUCAUCGUGGUUUGGUCCAGGUUCUGUUCUGAUGAGUAGUAUGUCAGCACUCUUUCAGCUAUCCAUGUGGAUCAGGACUUGCCAUAACUAUUUUAUUGAAGACCUUGGAUUACCAGUUUGGGGAUCAUACACAGUUUUUGCUUUAGCAACUCUGCUUUCAGGACUCUUGUUGGGACUUUGUAUGAUAUUUGUGGCAGAUUGCCUUUUUCCUUCAAAAAGGCGUAGACCACAGCCAUACCCUUCCAAAAAAUUAUUACCAGAAUCUUCUCAACCUUUGAAAAAAGUGGAGGAGGAACAAGAGGCUGAUGAAGAAGAUGUUUCAGAAGAGGAAGCAGGAAGUAAAGAAGGAACAAACAAAGACUUUCCACGGAACACCAUUAGGCAACGUUCUGUGGGUCCUUCAUUGGCCACAGAUCAAUCCUAGUUGAUUUUUAUAGAUAUCAUAAUAUGAUUUUGGCAGAAACAGAAGAUGGAUCAUUCUGGUUUGAAGUAAACUGUGACAUGCUUGUACAUUUCAGGGUUCAGUCUAGAUUGUCAUUAGAUUGGACAGACUAUCAUCAGAAAAUAAAAGUAGCACUACAUAAAAAAGUUUGAAAUAGGAUUUAAGAACAACAGUAUGAUGGUUUAAACAAUUCUUUAGGUUUUGAAAAAUCUGGUGCCAAGCAAUAAGGUUUGAGUAUUUUUAUUUAAUAAUGUUUCAGAUCUUCUGAGUUGAAAAAUUACAUUUCCCGAGUAUUGCAUUAUUGAGGUAUUUUUGGAGAUUACUUUGGAGAAGAUUUCUCAUUUGAUAUAAUUUUUCUCAGUUUCACUGUGUGAAAAAAAGAACAUAUUUCCCAUAAAUGGGAACUUUGCCCAUUGACUUGAGAAAUGUGUGGUUCAGUGACAACUCUGGUCAUUUCACAAAUAUAGUCCAAAAUUUCUUCAUAUUUUUAGAUUAUGCAACUAAUAAAGACUACCUUGCUUUAAUUAGUUUUCUACACAUGGUAAUAUAGGAUAUUCUCCUGAUUUAGGAAGUUUUUAUAUAAGUCCAUGGUGGUGUCUUGAUUCAUGUAAAGGUCGGUUGCCUUUUUUUGUUCCCCUCUGUUCACUGUAUGGUUUAUGUUUUUCUUACCAUGGGUUUCAUUUUUCUUUUUCUAAAUUGGAUAAUUUUCUGGAAACAUUUUUCAUGCUUUAAUAAAUAGCCCUUUUUGUUUCAA